UCAAACCAACCACGUUCUGGAAGUUGGUAUCUGUAACUAGGAAGUACAAAACUCGACAACACAGCACGCGUGUGGCAGAACUAGAAUGAGAUGAUACCUGAGAUUUCUGCUCACCUGUUUUGAACCUCAGCAAAACCACCAAACCUUCCCCUACCCAACACUUUCACCAAUGCUGAUCUGCGUUAGAUCCAUCAUCAACCCUUCUCUGGUGUGGUAGCUUUCUGGACUGAAUCUAGACCACCACCAGACACCCACCAUGUCGGAUCCCACGGACCCCAGAGAGGAGAUCCUAGACUGGCUGACCAGCCUGCAUCUGCCCCAGUACGCUGACGGCUUUCAAAUGGCGGGCUUCCAGUGCCUGAAAGACUGCAGGGGGCUCACUGAAGAUCGCCUCCUGGAGCUCCGAGUGUUCCCUACAGGCCACCGUAGACGGAUCCUACGUAGUUUGGAAGUCCUAGGAGUGGCGGUGGAAGAGCAGGGGGAUGAGGAAGGGGAAAAGGAGGGGGAAAGGAGGGGGCGGGGCCAAAGAAUGCCCCUCCUCAAACCCAGACACAUCUUCAUGACAAAUAAGAAAAGGGUGACUUCCUGCCAGCCUAGUGCGAGGGUAGAGCAGGCAAGACGGGAGGGGAGGCAGACCCUACCCCCUGGGGCUGGCUUAGGGAUCGAAGAGACAGAAGAGGAGGAAGACACUAACAAUUCUAUAAAGAGGUUCCUGAGACCACCUCGGCCGACACCGCGUGACCCUCGUAACAUACGCACCACCUCCUCAGCUUCGACCUCCACAUCUGGUAGCUCUGGAGAGGUGCCCUCUGAUUGGGAGAUCUCCUCUGAGGAGCCCUCCCCUUCCUCUACAGACCUCUCCCCCGGGCCUGACCACAUCCUCUCUGGGAAAGACCAAGAGGCUUUCCAGGGGGAGAUGGUGGCUAAUGUGAUCUAUGAGAAGGGCCCCAGCUUUAAGACACCAGCCAAGGGCCCCCGGCCCACCCGCUCCUACAGACUGAGGCACCGGCCGGUCCCUGAGAUUCCUGACCAGGUCAUCCAACCCCCGCCGGACUGGAGCGUGCCGCCGCUAACAUCCACAACCGACCUUGAAAACCUUCCCUGCGCCAAGGGUCCCAGCGGUGCUAGCUGCAAGCAGAAAGCCCCACUGCAAAGAACAUUGUCUCCCAUUGUUCCUUAUGGAGAAACAUUCCUAUACAACAACCCAGAGAACAUACUGGACCAGGGUACUAAAGAACUGUUCAAGAAAGAAGUCACAGAGAAGCUCAAGCAGAAGAAGCUGAGAAAGAAGCAUGGUAAGAUCAAGGAGUCCAUGAAUAGCAACAAGACACAGGUCCCUCCACAUGCGUCAACGGUCCACACCGUCUACGACAAUGACUACACUAUAGUGGAAGAGUGCACCGCCAAUUUAGAACUAUCCAAUCAGCCUAACGCUGCCACGGCGACUCCGGAGCCCCUCCUCUCCGGUCCCCUGCCCGGCCCCACCCUCUCCCAGGUCGUUCCCAUGACGAUGGUGGUGUGUGACAUCUACUCGGAGCCCUUUGACACUCUGGGGGGUCUGGUGAAGAAUACGAUACCUGCGUUACCAGCAGACCACGCUGAUAAUAUCUCCCCCUACGCCUGCUUCUACGGGGCCUCCAAGACCAAACUCAAGAUGGGCUGGCUGGACAAGCUCUCACCGCAAGGAAAAUGUGUCUUUCAGAAAAGAUGGGUAAAGUUUGAUGGAGAGAACCUCUCUUAUUACAACAAUGAUAAGGAGAUGUACUCUAAAGGCCUGAUCCCGUGCGGUGUGAUGAAGCAGGUGCAAGGGCAGGGGGACAACCGCUUCGAAGUGGUCACCUCCCUCAGGACCUUUGUGUUUCGGCUGGAGAGGGAAGUGGAGCGUCAGGAGUGGAUUGAGGCUCUUCAAACGGCCAUGCGCUCCCCUGCCUCCAUUUCCCGGAAGCCCCAGAAGUGUGGCACCAACAAACAUGGCAGCGUGGAGUUGAGAGGGUACAAAGGCAGAGUUUACGUCUCCCUGAUGGGAACCAGAUUCAAACUCUGCAAAUCAGAACAGGACUUCAGAGCUGGCCUGGGUAUAUCCCUGAUUGAUCUGACUGCUACCAACAUUAAAGAUACAGACAGAAGGGUCUUCGAAAUCAACACUCCCUUCAGAAACUUCAGCUUCACGGCCGAGUCGGAAAGGGAGAAAGAGGAGUGGAUUGAAGCAGUCCAGGAAUCGAUAGCCGAAACGCUCUCCGAUUAUGAAGUGGCAGAGAAGAUCUGGUUCAAUGAUUCCAACAGGAGCUGUGCUGACUGCCGCGCGCCACAGCCCGAAUGGGCCUCCAUCAAUCUGGGGGUUGUCAUCUGUAAGAAGUGUGCAGGUCAGCACCGGUUCCUGGGCCCUAGCCUCUCUAAAGUCCGGAGCCUGAAGUUAGACAGCAGUAUCUGGAGCAACGAGCUGGUGGAGCUCUUUCUGGAGGUGGGCAAUAAGAACGCCAACAGCUUCUGGGAAGCCAGCCUGCCCAUGGAGGAACAGCUUCACAUGGGUGCGUCGCCCGAGCAGCGGGCCACCUUCCACCGCAGGAAGUACAGAGAGAGGAAGUACCGGAGGGUCCUGGAGAGCCUUCACAACCAGGAGCAGCUCAAUCAGGCACUGUGUGCUGCUGUGGUUCUACCUGACGUGGUAGAGACCAUGGCAUUGGUGUUCAGUGGAGCUGAUGUGAUGUGUGCUACAGGAGAUCCAACCCACUCGACUCCCUACCUACUGGCCCAGAGGGCAGGGCAGAGACUACAAAUGGAGUUCCUACACCUCAACAAGCUCUCAGAUUUCCCCAAGUUGGAGUCAUCCUCAGAGACCAGUUUUCCGUCUGAUGCUCCAUCCUUCAUGGACGGCUUCCUCUACUGCUCCGCCGGCCUCGCCAAGGCCACUCUGGACAGGAGAGGCAGAGACGACAUGGUGCGGCGCUGGUGCACUCUGGAGGGUGGCUUCCUUAGCUACUAUGAGAGUGAACGGACUCCCACGGCCACCGGCAGAUUGGACAUCACUGGGGUGGUCAGUCUGGGCGUCAACAACACAGAGACCAUGUCUGGAGCUGGGCCUGUGUUCAUGGUGGAGAUCUACCUACAGUCGGACAGAGUGUUCUUGUUUGGCGCCAAGACACAGGAGACACAGCAAGAUUGGGUCCAGGCUAUCGCCAAGUGUUUCGUACCAUCUAAAGUAGAGGCUAUGUUGAGGAGAGACUGCGAGCUGAUUGGUAGGCUCUACUUUAAGGAAGGUCAUGACCUCUACCACUGGAGGGUUGGUUGGUUCGCUCUGGAAGGCUCCGCCCUCUACUUUAGUUCCGGGAAGGAGGAGAGUACACAGGGGGCCAUGCAGCUCAAACAACUACAGGAGCUCACUGUUUCCACACAUGUAGAAGGCGAGGAGAGGAUCCAAGUGCUCUUGAUGGUGGAGGGUGGAAGAACUGUGUACAUCCACGGUUUCAACAAAGUGGACUUUGCGCUGUGGCACUCCGCGAUCCAAUUGGCCGCUGGCACGGACGGCAGUGCUCUAAGCAACCAGCAGCUGAGUAAAAAUGGCAUCCCCAUCGUUGUGGACAGCUGCAUAGCUUUUGUCACCCAGUACGGUCUGUGCCAUCAGGGGAUCUACCGUGUUAGUGGGGACCCGGGCCGUGUGGCCCUGCUCCUGGGGGCCUUCAGGCAGGACGCCCGCAAUGUCAAGCUCCACGUCCUGGAGCACCAGCUGGAGGACGUCACCGACACCCUGAAGAACUUUCUGUCCCAGGCCGAGGACGCCUUGCUGGCCAAAGAGCUCUACCCCUACUGGGUGUCUGUACUGGAUGAGGGGGAUGAGAAACGGAGAGUGGAGAAGUACUCUCGGUUUAUCCAGAGUCUUCCGAAGAUCAACAGAUCCACCCUGACUGCACUGCUGCAACAUCUCUACAGGGUCCAGAGGUGCUCCCAUAUCAACCAGAUGCAGACCAGAGACUUGGCCUGUGUGUUCUCCUCCUGUCUCUUCCAAACCAAGGGACAGACCACACCAGAGAUCAGCGUGGUCCAAGACCUCAUCAACAACUAUGUACAACUUUUUGGGGUCAACGAGGACCAACUCAAGCAGAUGGAGAGCGAGAACAGUUUCAUCACACGUUGGAAUGACAAGAAAGACACCACAUUCUCUCCGGCCGGGGACUUGAUCUUCGAGGUGUACCUGGAGAGGAGGGAGCCGGAGAACUGCUGCUUAAUCAAGUUGUCUCCAACCAUGAGGUCAGAAGAGCUGGCAGAGUCCACGCUGGUUAUGAGGAACGUGGUCACGAACCCGGUCGACCUCUGGAUCACGUUCGAGGUCAUAGAGAACGGAGAACUGGAACGUCCAUUGCACUACAAAGAGAAGGUUCUGGAGCAGGUGCUGGAGUGGAGCACUCUAGACGACCCCAGCUCCGCCUUCCUCGUCAUCAAAAAGUUUGGAGAAGACAAAAUGGCAGAUGCUUUCCCAGGCAGAAAGCAAAAGCAGUUUAUGAGAGGGGAACAGGUGAAGUUCAAGGACGGGUCGUCCAAGCUGCUUUCUGGACAUAAAUUCCAGGACAGAUAUGUCAUCCUCCGAGAUGAGAAGCUGCUACUGUACAAAGAAAUGAAAAGCACUAAGCCAGAGAGAGAGGUCCCACUGAAGUUAGUCAAGUGUUAUCUAGGCCUGAAGAGGAAGCUCAAACCACCCACCAGCUGGGGUUUCACCGUCUACACAGAUAAACAGCAAUGGCAUUUCUGCUGCGAGGGGAAGGAGUCUCAAAUAGACUGGGUGACUGACAUCAUCACAAUGAAGCAUGGAGGAGACCUCUGGUCAAAGAACAGAGAUCACGGAAGACCUGCAGUUCAUAAAAGCAUGUCAGCAGUCCAGCAGAGUCCGCAGAACACUAAACAAAAAAACUGCAAAAAUCCGUCAGACAGAAAGCUGUCCCUAAACAACAGCACACCUCCCAUUGGAGAGGAGAAAACAAGCAAUAGCGAAGAAUGUAGCAGUCUCCAGCACAAAACAGCCAUCGUGGCUAAAUGCUUGAAGCAGAAGGACCGACUCGUGUUUCCCGAGACUGGUCAGAGAAAGGGUUCCGCGGGGGUGAUCCAGCCCCAGCGCUGUCCCUCUUCACGCCCAGAGCCCCAGGCCCCUCAGGGCGGCGUCAAGAACCCCAACAGGAGACCCGUUCUGGGGGGAGAGGGGGGUCUGAUGCCCUCCAACCUCCUCAACGAACUCAACUCUGUGCUGAGUAAGACAGGCCGUAGCGCCAACGAGGAGAAGAGCUGACGGAGCGAUAGAGAAGCUCAGAGACAGAAAGCGAUGGAAAAUGUAAAGAGAGGCUAGAGAAAAGUGCUACAGAGAGAGAAAGGGAGACAUUCAUCUGGAAUGGAAGAUGAUUAGAAUGAAAAAACAGAGUGACAUGGAGACAGAAAGACUGAGUGAGCGUGAAAGAGAGACAUAAAGAGAAAAACUGAGAAACGUCAGGAAGCAAGUUGUCCUACGAUACAACAGGGACCCCGGGUCUACUGAUGGACAUGUGCGUCAUAUGGGGAACACACUAACACAGUCAUCUAUAACUGUUCUCAGGCCUGUCCAGAACAUUUCUACACCGUUACCUAUGCUAUACCAAAUUGAUUAUAGUAUCAAAUUCUAUAACAUGUUUGGCUUUCGUCAAAUUCAAUAUUGAAUGAUAUGAUUAAUAUUGGUUGACAAGGAAUGUCUUCUCCUCCAAUGGAAUGUACUGUAACUACUCUGUUAUUGCAUUAAAUGUUAUUUUCUAGUGACAUACUAUAUAAAAAAAAUUUAUAUUGUAGGGUUGUAUAAUACACUGCACAUUGUAUAUUCUGUUCUUUGACUGUAUAUAUGUAUACAAUUCUGUACUGUAUGUUUUAGGAAUAUUAGGAAAUGGGGAACAUUGUUAACGCAUAGUAUUAGAUAUGUGCAGUAUAUUUCAUUACAUAGUAUUUCCUUCACAAACGACUUGAUUUUUAUAUGAAUACUGAUACAUUUUUACUCAAAGAUCCAUUAGAUAGUUUGAGUGCAAGGGCACAUACUGUUCCCAAAUGGGAUUUGAAUCCAUUCAAAAAGACUCUUCCCAAAAAAACGCCUCCAACUUUUUUUUCUCUGUCAUUGUUUUAUUCAUCAAAGGGUUCUUUUUUUAUUGUAGUAAAAUAUAAAGAAUAAACUCUGGAUCUUAAGUCA